AUGACCUUGCUAUUCUUCUUCCUCCUGGCAGGGUGCAUCUUUAGCCUGGGUUUUGGACUAUGGGCAGUCUUUGAACAUUUCUUUACUACAGAUGUCCCUGCUGCCAUUGGCCACACAAUGCAACUCCGUAUUCUACACUGUGCCUUUCAACUGAUGAUAAAUUUCGGAAAGAUCUGUGAGAAGCUGGGAAUUUGCUCAGUGCCAAAAUUUGUUCACGUUUUAUUGUUUUUUUACUUUUUACUGAUACCGAUCAAGAAGGAUCCAAAAGUUGUAGUAAAAAACUUAUGCUUUGGGACAAUACCCAUGAGAGUAUAUCAACCAAAGGCAGCAUCUACAAGUCUCCGGAAAGGAAUUAUCUUCUUCCAUGGAGGUGGCUUGGUAAUUGGGAGUCUGGAUGACUACAAUAGUCUGUGCUGCUACUUGUCCAGAGAAACUGACUCAGUGGUUCUGUCAAUUGGUUACCAUUUGGCUCCAGAGCACAGGCACCCUUCUGUAUUGAAUGACUGCAUGGCUGCUUUCAUCCACUUUCUGAGAACUCUGGAAACCUAUGGCGUUGAUCCUUUUCAUAUCAUCCUGUGUGGAGACAGUUCUGGAGGGACAGUCACGGCUACUAUUUGCCAAACCGUUGUGACCCAACCAGAUCUCCCCAAGAUACGAGCACAGAUUAUGAUCUACCCCUAUCUCCAGGGAUUUAAUUUCCAGCUACCUUCACAUCAGCAGUACAAAAAUGUUUUAUUCCUCACCCGGGAUCUUGCCAUUUUCUGCAUAUUCCAAUAUUUUGAUAUCCCCUUAUCUUGGAAAACUGCUAUUCUGAAUGGUGCCCAUCUGUCCCCUGAGAUGCGGAAGAAGUGUGAGGAAAUGAUAAAUGCGGACAACAUUCCAAAGAGGUUUAAAGAGAGAGGGUACCAGCCCAUGUCACCUAGCCCUUUUAAUGAAGAAGUUUACAUGGAAAGCAAACAGCUGUUAAGCACAAUCAGUUCACCCCUAACUGCUGACGAUGACAUCAUUGCCCAACUCCCCCAAACCCUGCUUGUGAGCUGUGAGUUUGAUAUCUUAUGGGAUGAUACCCUGCUGUACAAGAAGAGGCUGGAGGAUCAGGGGGUGCCCGUGAACUGGCACCACAUUGAAGAUGGUUUUCAUGGAGUACUUCUCACCUUUGACAAAAAGUACUUUUGUUUCCCCUACUCCUUAAAAAUUCUGAAUAUUAUUGUCCAUUUUAUAAAGAACCUGUGAAUCCCACUCCAGGGAUUUUUAAGAAAGACUGGCAAGUAUGGACUCUAUCUAAAGUUAGGUUCACUGUUGGGUUUCAUUUUAUUGAUUUAGGAGAUAGGGCAAGUUCUACGGCUGACAGGGAAGAGAUUGGGAAUUUAGUCCUGGGUUAGACACAAGAGAUUCAUGGAAGAGUGAAGAAAGA